AUGUUACAAGUCAAAAAGUUGCUAUUGUUCGGGGACUCGAUUACGCAGUUCAGUUGUGGGCGUUGCGAGAGCGUGGAGGAAGCUGGUAGGAUCGAUGGUUUUAGUCUUGGGUCUGGCUUAGGAGCGGUGUACAAUAGGAAGCUGGACGUUGUGACAAGAGGUUUCUCUGGUUACAAUACCAGGUGGUGUCUACCGGUGCUGGAUGCUGUGCUGGAUGCGGAGUUACAAGGUCAAAAUGAGGUUGCGCUGAGUGUUAUAUUCUUUGGAUCUAACGACUCCGUUAGCGACGGACCACAGCGGGUACCACUGGAGGAGUAUUGCCAAAAUAUUGUUAAGAUGGUUGGUAAGAUGAAGGCUGCCAAGAUCAAGACUGUGCUGGUUACACCAGCCCGUGUAGACAAACAGCAAUGGUCCCAUCAUUUUGCGGAGGAUGCCAAAGUUGGUUAUGUCAGAUCUGAUGCUUUAUACAAGGAAUACAGAGACCAAUUAUUGAAGAUUGGGGAGCAAGAAGGCAUCCCCGUGGUGGAUCUGUACACUGAGUUUGGGAAACACGACGUCAGCUCACUACUAACUGAUGGUAUCCACUUCUCCUCCGAAGGCUACCGUGUAUUCUUCCUCGCUUUGAUGAAAACAAUUAGAGAGAAUCUUCCCGAGUUAGCCCCGGAGAACUUGCCAUGGCAUCUGCCUUAUUGGAGGGAUGUAACAGAGGAUCCUACAUCUGUCAUAGCCGCACUAAAUAAAUACUAG